AUGGUACAUGAGCAAAAUCGUAAAAUUGGAAGCAAAGAUGUAGAACACCUUAAGGAUCAGAUAGAUGAAAUAAAACAAGAUACAGGCCAAACCAUGAAAACUUUAAAAAGAAAACCACUGUCAAGCGAACACGAGCCGGAGUCCACAGACUGGCGUCAUAUCGGUAAGGAAGAUGCCAAGUUAGUUGUGUUCCUUCACCCAUUUGGCAAGAGUACAUUUGAUUUACAGAAAGCAAAAGACUUUCAUUCAAUUGUGGAUAGUAUUGUUGAAACAACUUCCUUUAGCGACAAUGAUGAUGUGCUAGAUGUUGUUAUAAUAAUGGACAAAUCAAUUUUAGAAGAAUGGAAAAGUUAUUUUAAUCAUGAUAUGAUGGAUCAACCAAUCGUUGUCUACAAACCAACCACUGAAGACUCACCUGUGGACCUUAUUGAAGGUGAGAGCAAUAUGUCAAAGGUUGAAGCAGAUCCACACUAUAAAAACUUACUUGUUCAAUCAAUUGCUUACAAUAAACAUCAUAGAGCAAGGAUGGCAGACGACAGCAUCCGAGAAAACGCGUUGGAAGAAUUCCGCUCUAAGAAGGUAAUCGUCAUUUCCGGUCCACGUUGCAGUGGGAAAACGACGCUUGCUCUCUCCUUACUGUCGUCAUAUCAAGAUGGUCACUACCUCAUACUUACAGAACCGGAUGAUCUCAGUUGUGUCAGAUUUGGUGUUACCUGUGUUGUGAUCAUCGAAGAUCUUGGGGGAAAGUACAUGUUCGAAAUGUCCAUCAUUCAAAAGUGGUUGCGGAAAUUGGAUAUGCUCUACUCGGCAGUCAAAGAUGGCAAAUUAAAUGUGAUCAUCACAUGUCUUACCAGACCGGUUGAGUUCAUGCGUUCACGAUUCGAAGCAUCAAAUGCUGGAAACUGUCAUUGAAUUA